CCAGCGUUACCUGAACGCACCACGACACUGGCCUCUAGCCUAGCCUGCUAAUUUAGCUAAUCUGGUUUAUCGUCUCUGUUGAGAGCCCGUAGUGUCAGCCAGGAUUAUCAAUUUUAGUGUCCCAUAGCUGCCAUUCAACGUAAUAUCUGCGUGACAUCAAACAGCAUCCCAGUAGGAGAAUGGCGUCGCUAGGGGAGCCUGUACGUUUGGAGAGAGAUAUUAACCGUGCCAUUGAACUGCUUGACAAGCUUCAGAGGACAGGGGAGGUUCCUCCUCAGAAGCUGCAAGCCCUACAGAGGGUCUUACAGAGUGAAUUCUGCAAUGCUGUCAGAGAAGUUUAUGAGCACGUAUAUGAGACAGUGGACAUCAACAGUAGUCCUGAAGUCAGAGCAAAUGCUACGGCAAAGGCAACCGUGGCAGCUUUUGCAGCAAGUGAGGGACACUCACAUCCACGUGUGGUGGAACUUCCCAAAACAGAAGAAGGCCUGGGGUUCAACAUAAUGGGCGGAAAGGAGCAGAACUCUCCAAUUUACAUCUCGCGUAUCAUCCCAGGAGGCAUCGCCGACCGACAUGGUGGACUGAAGAGAGGUGAUCAGCUUCUCUCUGUCAACGGGGUGAGCGUGGAAGGUGAGCACCACGAGAAAGCAGUGGAACUACUUAAAGCAGCUCAGGGCACAGUGAAGCUGGUAGUGAGGUACACCCCCAAAGUCCUCGAAGAGAUGGAGUCACGUUUUGAGAAAAUGAGGUCGGCAAAGCGUCGGCAGCAAACCAACUAUCCCCAGUAGGAUUGUUUCAUGUCGACGCCAGUUCUUACGGCUCUCCUCCUCCAGCCUUCAGGCCAUCUGUUCUGGUCUUUUUCAUAUAUUCCAAAUCCAAAACAUUCAAACCUACACACAUAUAGUUUAAGUCGAUGCACAGCAAAGUAUAUAUAUUGUACUUAGUUUCUGCCCUUUUCAGCAGCAUUUACUCACAGUUACUGUCCUGGACAACACAGCCAAGACAUCAGCACACAUUGCCACUCGUCAGCCAUCUCGGUAACCAGGGCAACAGGUUCAGGCUUAUAUUUUGCAUUACAACGGUCACAUAAUAGGAAACCGCAUGGAUAGACCCUCAUCCAUUCAAAAUGUCUGACUUGGUCUAAAUAACUUUUCAGAAAGAUUUUGCUCCCACCUGCUUACGUGUCCAGUAUGAGAGCUGCUAGCGGUGCAAAUUGCUGGAAAUGCUUAAAGGCCUCAUAAUUGGAUGUCGAUCGGACCAACAUGCCCAUUUUGGAAACUUUUACUUCAGCUUAGCAUAGCUCACUCACAACUUGUGCAUUACCUUUGGAACAGGCAAUUUGAAUGCUACUACAAAACUCCUUCAACAAGGAAAGUUGGCAACUCACCAAGUGAGCAGGAGUUCACUACGUGUGUAUUUUCCCUCUUUUUUUCACUGAUUGUUCAUUAUAGUCUGAAGCAGAUAUUUAUAAGUAAAGACAAAGACAUGGUUUUACGGCAUUGAUUAUGUGUCUUGACGUUUGGUGUGCCAUGCUACAACAGUCAUCAAAAGUGAGGAUGAAAAUGUCUCCUUAUUCAUCUGGGUUUAUGGUUCCUAUUUUCAAGCGAAUGCAAAAUGGCUUCGACCACGCAACAAAUAUGCUUGUGAUGACACACUGUAUCCAGCCACUGCAACAUCUGUAGAAUACCAGGAUAUAUACUGACACUUAUUUUGUUACACGCCAUACCAUAACUUGAUAUUGAUCUUUAGCAUUUUAGCCACGCAAUGAAUAAACCAUGUCUGUAAUACACUAUCAUGUGUACGAAUGCAACAUCUGUAGUUUUAUAUCAUUCUCAGCAAAAACAAUUUUCGUGACCUGUAAUGUUGGUAACUAUUGAUUGUGUUCAAAAAGAAGUCUCAGUGCUACCACAAUGACUUAGUGCAGCACCCUUUCAGGCAACAGUUGUUUUCUUAUUUACUAGUGAAAUACCAAACACGAGCUAAUUAUCUCAAAGCACUGCCUUGUUUUUCCGGUGAAGGAAAAUGAUUGUAAGAAGAUGAAUGAUGUUACUUCUUUCCCGCAUGUAGUGCAAAUAACGUUUAUUUGGAAAACUGGUGUAUAAAAAAAAAUAUGUACGGAAGUCUGACUCAAAAGACACAAAAUUGAAAUGUACAAGUCAAUCUAUGCAAAAAAUGUUUUUCUUUUUUAAAAUGGGGGAUUAUUGUCCUCAAUUGCUGCAAAACCGUUUGUUUUAAUGUAGAAUGUCAAUCUAGAAUGUGUCCAAGGCUUGCAAAAUUGAAAAUGAAGCAUUCAUUCAACUUGCACAAUGGCACGUAUUGAUUAUAUUGGAGUUUAAAAAAAAAAAGCUUUUUGAGAAUUUCAGGGGCUUCACCGCUACCAUUGAUUUUUUUUUUUUUUUUCCUCUCCCGCUCUCCUUGUUGUGUUUCGCUGGCACACCAUUCCAUGUACAUAUUUUAGUUGGUUGAAUACUAUAAUAGUUUAGCUUGUAUGGUUUUAUUCCACAACAGCAUGUUAGAUUUUCUGCACACGUAUUUCAACACACUGAAUGUCACUGUCAUUUGACGUCAUUGCAAAAUAUUGUGAAUCAACUCAACUUUAGCCAUUCUACGCAAUCUUCCUGUUGGGAUGGUGAAUAGAGUAUUUUUUAUAAUAGCUUUCUUUUGAUAUUUUUCAAUUUUUGUAAGUGUUUUGCUAAAAAACAAACUAGGGGCAAUGUGAGCCUGUCUGUGGUGCGUGUGUGUGUGUAGCAGGGCUGCAUUUGGGCAGCAAAUUGGAUGUUAGUGCUCUGCAGACAAACUGGCCUACGUCAAUGCUCCCUUUUCAGAUCUCAACUGGUCUUUGUGGGCUCUCUAAUUCCAAGAGCAUACUUGCAUAUGUGAAGCUUUUGAUAAUGUUUUGAAGUAUUUUAGUUGUGCUUGUUUAAGUUGUUUACCUGUAGAUUGUGUUAUGUCUUUCUUUUUCUUAUUUACUAUGUUGUGUUUAUGUGCAAUGUAAAGUAUAUAGUUUUAAUUGUAGCAAUAGAAGUGAAAGUUAAAUAAAUGUGACAGAUUUAA